UGUGAGGGGAGCUUUAUAACAGUGUGUGUAUAGAUUUAUGUAUAGUUAUAUAUUACGCGUACUGUUGAAUGUAAAGUGUGUGUUUAUAGUUACAAAUUAAAUGUCCUUUUCCUUUUAACUUCGCUACUCAUUGGCUCGUUAGUACGUCUCUGUUACACACUGUUGGCAAGUACUGGAUUGUCUGUGGUCAGUGUAACAAUGACAGUGCUGUCACGUAUAGUAAGAGGUGUGCAGUUUUCGAGAUAUGUACCACCAAACAUUUCUUUGUGCUCUUGUUUUGGGAAAGGAAAUGGAUCUCCAACUACCAUCAUAACGCGUGGUAUUCGGCAGCCACGUGGAAGAAACAGACAAGGUGGAAUGAACUUGGCUCCAAAUGAACUUAUAGAAACCCCCAAUGAGAAUAAUAUGAGCAGAGGGUUAAUAAAAAGCUUUAUAUUUGCUAGUGGGUUUUGUAGUGCCACUUUCCUGGCAGCAACAAUAUGGCAAUACGAAUCGGUACGGUCCCGGCUUCAACAAAGUUCAUGGACGAGCUGGGCAAACCAACAGUGGCAUAAUUUAGAAGGCUGGCAACACAAAGAAGGUGAAUUCCGGAAGGCUAUAAAUGAGUGGUGGAAUGGACUGAGUGAAGGCCAGAAAGUGUUUUGGCCUAUUUGUUUUUUCAAUGGUGUUGUAUUUGCCUGUUGGAACAAACCCACUUUACAGAGAACUAUGUUACGCUACUUCUGCUCCAAUCCUGCAGCUCGAGCUGUUUGUUGGCCAAUGUUCCUUUCCACUUUUAGUCAUUUUGCAUUUUUCCAUUUUGCUAUGAAUAUGUAUGUAUUACAUAGUUUUAGUUCUGGAGUUUGUGGCUCACUAGGUAGGGAACAAUUUGUUGCUAUGUACUUAAGUGGUGGGGUAAUAUCAUCACUGGCCAGUCAUACAUUUAAAGUGGUUAUGAAGUGUCCAGGACCAUCACUUGGCGCCUCUGGGGCUAUAAUGGCUCUUCUUGGCUUUUUUUGUACCCAACACCCAAAUGCCCAGCUUGGCAUUGUCUUUGUUCCUGGACUUAAUUUUUCUGCAGAUAUGGCUCUCAAGGGAGUAAUGUGUUUAGAUGCUGUAGGAAUGGCCCUCGGGUGGCGGAUGUUUGACCACGCUGCUCACCUGGGAGGGGCAUUGUUUGGACUUAUCUAUGCAAGUUAUGGUCCUAAAUACAUUUGGGGUAAUACCCAGCAUAUUAAGAAGAAGUGGCAUGAUAUAAGAAAUGGAAUUAAUGAAAAAUCAGAAGAUAAAAAAAGAAAGGAAGAUUAAAUGUACUGUAAUAGCGAGGAGUCUGUUAGACCAAACUGUACAUGUCACAAUAGCAGAAGGUGGUCAUGUGAUUUUGUAAUUUUGUGUUUAUAUGAUAAAUAAAAUGUUUACUAUAUCUAUAAUAAAUUUGGAUUAUGA